AUGGCUUGUAUUCUUUUUUUUUCUUCUUCUUUCGUUUCAGUCUGUUCCCAGUAUUCUAGAGGAGUAUUUGCCAUUUUUGGACUCUAUGAUAAGAGGUCAGUACAUACCUUGACCUCAUUCUGCAGCGCCUUACACAUCUCCCUCAUCACACCAAGUUUCCCUACCGAGGGGGAGAGCCAGUUUGUGUUGCAGCUGAGGCCUUCCUUGCGAGGAGCACUCUUAAGUCUGCUGGAUCACUAUGAGUGGAACUGUUUUGUCUUCCUGUACGACACAGACAGGGGAUAUUCAAUACUUCAAGCUAUUAUGGAAAAAGCAGGACAAAAUGGUUGGCAUGUCAGCGCUAUAUGUGUGGAAAAUUUUAAUGAUGUCAGCUAUAGACAACUUCUAGAAGAACUGGAUAGAAGACAAGAGAAGAAAUUUGUCAUAGAUUGUGAGAUAGAGAGGCUUCAAAACAUAUUAGAACAGAUUGUGAGUGUUGGAAAGCAUGUUAAAGGCUACCAUUAUAUCAUCGCAAACUUGGGAUUCAAGGAUAUUUCUCUUGAGAGGUUUAUACAUGGUGGAGCCAAUGUUACAGGAUUCCAGUUGGUGGAUUUUAAUACACCUAUGGUAACCAAACUAAUGGAUCGCUGGAAGAAACUAGACCAGAGAGAGUAUCCAGGAUCUGAGACUCCUCCAAAGUACACAUCCGCUCUGACUUAUGAUGGAGUCCUAGUGAUGGCCGAAACUUUCCGAAGUCUUAGAAGGCAGAAAAUUGAUAUUUCAAGGAGAGGAAAUGCUGGGGAUUGCCUGGCCAAUCCUGCUGCUCCAUGGGGCCAGGGAAUUGACAUGGAGAGGACACUCAAACAGGUUCGAAUUCAAGGGCUGACGGGGAAUGUCCAGUUUGACCACUACGGACGCAGGGUCAAUUACACAAUGGAUGUGUUUGAGUUAAAGAGCACAGGGCCCAGAAAGGUUGGUUACUGGAACGACAUGGAUAAAUUAGUCUUGAUUCAAGAUGUACCAACUCUUGGCAAUGACACAGCAGCUAUUGAGAACAGAACAGUGGUUGUAACCACUAUUAUGGAAUCCCCAUAUGUUAUGUUCAAGAAAAAUCAUGAAAUGUUUGAAGGAAAUGACAAGUAUGAAGGAUAUUGUGUAGACUUGGCAUCUGAAAUUGCAAAACAUAUUGGUAUCAAGUAUAAAAUUGCCAUUGUCCCUGAUGGAAAAUAUGGAGCAAGGGAUGCAGACACAAAAAUCUGGAAUGGGAUGGUAGGAGAACUUGUUUAUGGGAAAGCAGAGAUUGCUAUUGCCCCUCUGACAAUCACUUUGGUCCGAGAGGAGGUCAUUGACUUCUCUAAGCCCUUCAUGAGUUUGGGCAUAUCUAUCAUGAUCAAAAAGCCUCAGAAAUCUAAACCAGGAGUGUUUUCCUUCUUGGACCCUCUGGCCUAUGAGAUCUGGAUGUGCAUAGUCUUUGCCUACAUUGGUGUCAGCGUGGUCUUGUUCCUAGUUAGUAGGUUUAGUCCAUAUGAAUGGCACACAGAAGAGCCAGAGGAUGGGAAGGAAGGACCCAGCGACCAGCCUCCCAAUGAGUUUGGCAUCUUUAACAGCCUCUGGUUCUCCCUGGGUGCUUUUAUGCAGCAAGGAUGUGACAUUUCACCCAGAUCCCUCUCAGGUCGAAUUGUUGGAGGUGUUUGGUGGUUCUUUACACUCAUCAUUAUAUCAUCUUACACUGCCAACCUCGCUGCUUUCCUGACGGUGGAGCGCAUGGUCUCCCCCAUAGAAAGUGCGGAAGAUCUGGCCAAACAAACAGAAAUCGCCUACGGAACACUGGAUUCAGGGUCAACAAAAGAAUUCUUCCGAAGAUCAAAAAUAGCAGUGUACGAAAAGAUGUGGACGUACAUGCGGUCAGCGGAGCCGUCCGUGUUCACCAGGACUACCGCGGAGGGCGUAGCUCGAGUCCGCAAGUCCAAGGGCAAAUUUGCCUUUCUCCUGGAAUCCACUAUGAAUGAGUACAUCGAGCAGCGAAAGCCGUGUGACACGAUGAAAGUGGGAGGAAAUCUGGAUUCGAAAGGCUAUGGAGUAGCAACGCCCAAGGGUUCCUCAUUAAGAACUCCUGUAAACCUUGCCGUUUUGAAACUCAGUGAGGCAGGCGUCUUAGACAAGCUGAAAAACAAAUGGUGGUACGAUAAAGGUGAAUGUGGACCCAAGGACUCUGGAAGCAAGGACAAGACGAGUGCCUUGAGCCUGAGCAACGUAGCCGGCGUCUUCUACAUUCUGGUCGGCGGACUGGGCUUGGCAAUGCUGGUGGCUUUGAUAGAGUUCUGUUACAAGUCCAGGGCAGAAGCGAAGAGAAUGAAGGUGGCAAAGAGUGCACAGACUUUUAACCCAACUUCCUCGCAGAAUACCCAGAAUUUAGCAACCUAUAGAGAAGGUUACAACGUAUAUGGAACCGAAAGUAUUAAAAUUUAG